AUGAAGUUCAUUGUCUUCUCCCUACUUCUGGCCGCUGACUCUGCACUGGCUGUGUCCUCGAACGUUGCCCGAAGCGGCUCCCUGAGAAUCAGUGAAGCCCAGGCCAACACCUCUAAGAUUGGCGACUCUACGAUGCAUUUCGUUGUGACAGAUGCUAACUACCCCGAUGAUACUCCAACUGACUGUAACCUGAUUUGGGCGUCGAACGGGAGCCCUAAGCAAAGUGCUCGCUGUAACAACAGUCAAUACUAUAUUCGCUUCCCCAAUGGAGGCCAGGAUAUUGGUUCUUUCACACUUGAGCUUGAGCGCGUAUCUGGUCCCAUUCCGGAGAAGGGCCAAGCGGUGUUGGACCGCAACGCUCCUGGGACCAAGUGGAUCUGUGUAGACAACCCCAUGGAUGGCGUUCUCAAGCGCUGCAACUACGACGGAGUGCUCGAAAUUCCAGUCUGA